AUGGAUAACGCGGAGUCAUCUCGCCAGCCGAAGAAAGCGACACCUGCAUGCGAAAAAUGUCGUGUCCUCAAGGUGAAAUGUAUUCGACCCGAGGAAGGACAGCCGUGUAACAAAUGUGCUAGAUCAAACUCUAAAUGCAUAUUUCCAGAGCCAAAGCAGCGAACUCGAAUUUCACAAAGAGCGAAGCCGCGACUGGUCGAUCUUGAGUCCAAGCUCACCAAUAUCCUCGGCCUUCUUUCACACUCGAGCGCACCCCUUGGUGGAGUCCAACCCCCCGUUGAUACGCAUUUUGGACUGUCGGGAAUUCCUGAAUAUUUCAACAACAACCAACUACCAACAGCCGAAUGGACGAGCCAAGGAUACCUGGCUGGUCCUCCAUUGGACGAAAGCCUGGGGUCGAGCGAAACCCAGAAUACUACCGAAAAACCCCUAGAAAAAUCGUGGGACGCUUCCACUGCCAUGGACGCUGCUUGGAUCACUGACUUAGGACUCAGUCCUGUCGUCCUCGAGCAUCUUCUAAACAGGUUCCGCGGUAUGGCGCCAUACUUUCCAUUUGUGCGGCUCUCACACUCCUGGACUGCUGCAUCAAUGGCUGAAGAUCGCCCGUUCCUAUUGCUUGCAGCUGUUGCUGCUGCUUCCUCGAAGUACUGUCACCUUCAAGACGCUCUGAUCAGACAAUUUAAAGAAUCUCUCAGUCAGCGAGUUGUCAUGGCUGGCGAGAAAGAUCUAGAUCUUCUCCAGGGGUUACUUGUCCACCUUGCCUGGUUCCAUUUCCAAUUUGUCCCAGGAAGUGAACAAACCUACCAAUACUUACAAAUCGCAGUCAGCAUGGUCAUUGACCUUCGCCUCGAUCAAGAGGCUGCCGACUUACUUGAGCAGCGGGCCGAGCUGGGUGAUACUUAUAUCCGGGAAGCAUGCCUUGCUUAUCUAGGGUGCUAUUACAUGUCUAGCAUAAUAGCAAUCUCUUCGGGAAAACCCAACAAUCUCCAAUUUCACGAGGAAAUGCUUCGAUGUGCUACGAUGCUAAAACAACAGCCAGAAUUCGAGACAGACCGCUUGAUAUGCCCAGUGACGAAAGUGAUACAGUUUGCCGAAGAAGUCUGCCAGACUUAUCGGUCAGAAGGCAUUCAUGGCCCUCGGCUGUACAUCCAUGCUGAACGAUUCACGACGCGGUUAGAAGAAUGGUGGUCGUCUGUAUCGACAGAACUUCGCAACACGGUAUUACUGAUCAACGGAUAUCAUGCCGUCAAGAUUCGGAUUCAAGAAAUGGGCUUGGUAUAUUGCUAUGGGCGGAGAAGACCGCCAUCUCCAAAGGCGCAGGAAGAUUCCACCAUGUUAUCUACCCCUCCUAUGGUCAUCAGCACCUUGAUCAAAUGCGUCAGUUCUACAAAAGAGUAUCUCGAUUUCUUUCUUGCCACUCCUGCUGCGGAGCACAGUAGCUUGCCAUUUUCCGCGUGGUAUCAGGUUGUUUUUACGGUAUUUGUGCUGUACAGAUUAUCCGUCGGACUACCAGAAGUGCCCGAAUGGAACGUGGAGAUUGCGCAGCAAGCUGUGGAUCUCCAAGAAUACAUUGAUACACUGUUGACUCAUCUACAGGCUAUUGAGCCGUCUCUAGCCAGGCAAAUACCUACCAAGAGCCUCUUUUCAAGACUACCCGAGAUCUUAGGAAGUGUAAAAACUUCCUAUGCAUUGGCAAAAGAGAAUCUCGCACAGGUUCGUGAUAGUUGCCAUGCUCAUCAGGAAUUUAAGCCUUCGAAUAUCACAGCCUCGUCCAUUCAAAGGUUGCACCGUUGCCCUGCAUUGCGAUAUUCGAGUCGCCAUGUCGCCCAGGUUCCAAGUCAGCCCACACUACAAAACGCUAUUGCUACGGAAGUCCAGAGGAUGGAAGAUGAGCAGUUUUUAGGUGAUCUUUUGUUGACAGAUACUCCUAGCAUGAUAGUUUCAUCAUCUACAGAGUUUUGA